UGACUUCACUCACUGCUCAUUCACUCAUUCUCCAGCCAGAGCAAAGAACAGCAGCAAGAUGUCUUCUUACUCCAGCCGCACCUUCUCUCGCUCCUCUUUGUCUAGUAGUGGAGGUGUCCGUAUGUCGACGAUGGGUAGCGGAAGUGUGUAUGGUGGUGCUGGAGGAUCUGGGGUUCGUAUCUCCAGUGCUUCUGCUUCUCGUUCCUUUGCUGCUGGUGGUGGAUCAGCUGGUGGCUUUAACCUGUCUGAUGCUGUGGAUGUGUCUGCAAAUGAGAAAGCCACCAUGCAAAACCUCAAUGACCGUCUGGCCACCUACCUGGAGAAGGUGCGAUCUCUUGAGAAGGCUAAUGCUGAUCUUGAGCUGAAGAUCCGCCAGUUCCUGGACACCAAGACUACACCCGGUGCUCGUGACUACAGUGCCUACUAUGUUACCAUCAGUGAUCUCCAGGCCAAGAUUCAACAUGCCACUGGUGUAAAUGGAGGAAUCUACCUCGGCAUUGACAAUGCCAAGCUGGCUGCAGAUGACUUCAGAGUCAAGUAUGAGAAUGAGCUAAGCAUGAGACAGUCGGUUGAGGCAGACAUUGUUGGCUUGAGGAGAGUGCUGGAUGAUUUGACACUGGAGAGAUGUAAUCUUGAGAUGCAGAUUGAGAGUCUAAAAGAAGAGCUGAUCUACCUCAGGAAGAACCAUGAAGAGGAACUCUUGGCAGCACGCAGCCAUAUGGGUGGACAGGUCAACGUAGAGGUUGAUGCAGCACCACAGGAAGACCUCACAAAAGUCAUGGCUGAAAUCCGGGAGCAUUAUGAGGCCAUUGCAGCUAAGAACCGUAAAGAUCUUGAGGCUUGGUUCCUUGUCAAGACUGAAGAGCUUAACAAGGAAGUCACUGUCAGCACAGAAACCCUUCAAACAUCCAGAUCAGAAAUCACAGAAGUUAAGCGCACACUCCAGAGUCUUGAAAUCGAACUACAAUCACAACUCAGUAUGAAAGCAUCAUUGGAAAACACUCUGGUAGAAACAAAGAACCGCUACUCUUCCAUGUUAACUGGCUACCAGAGGCAGGUUACCAACCUUGAAGAGCAGCUGGGUCAUAUUCGUUCAAAUCUGGAAAGUCAAAGUCAGGAGUACCAGAUCCUGCUGGAUAUCAAGACCAGACUAGAGAUGGAAAUUGCAGAAUACAGAAGACUCCUGGAUGGAGAGUCUGUCAGUGCCUCUUCCACAACCACAACCACAUCCUCAUCCACAUCCUCCUCAACUACACGUAAAGUGGUAACCAUUGUGGAGGAGGUGGUGGAUGGCAAAGUGGUGAGCUCAUCUUCUCAGGCUGUGAGCGAGACCGUGAAAAGUUCUUGAAACACUCUUGAGCUAAAACACCCAACUGUUGAGUGAACCAAUAAACCGGUUCAAAUGUGAA